AGUUGACUGGUAGUCAGUGCUGCGAUAAGUUGUCCAUCUAAUAAUGACGUGUAUAUCAUGUUAAUGUUUAUACUUGUCGUUAAUGGAAUAAAAUGCCUUUACUUUAAUUAUUAGACACCUCAACCCCUCAACACUGGAUACCAUGAUUUUUUGGUUUUGCUUUCUGGUCAUUGUUGCUGUGGUAGAGUCAUCAAGGAUUCUUGCUUUCUUUCCGAUACCGACACGUUCACACCAGUUCAUCUUCCGGCCAGUGAUAGAGGGGUUGGCGAAGAAUGGCCAUGAUAUUACCUAUGUUUCAGCCUUUCCUUACAAGGAAAUACCAAAGAACAUUAGGCAAAUAGAUUUGUCCAAGUACGAUGUCAUGGCUGAAUUCAAGGAUGUAGAUUUCGGAUCACUGAACAUAUGGCUGUAUACAAAUACAAUGUACAAAUUAGGAGAGGCUAUGGCUCGAUAUUAUAUAGGCAGCAAAGAAGUACAGGAUUUGAUUCACUCAGACGACAAGUUCGAUGCGGUAAUGUUUGAGUCUUACUUCUAUCAGGAAUAUUUGUCGGCGCUUACGCAUAAAUUCAAUGCUAUUGGUAUAGAAGUUAUUUCACUAGGUGAUUGUGCUUGGGUGAACGAGAUGUCAGGUAUACAAGACAAUCCGGCAUUCCAAAUGGACUUUAAAUCAGCCCUUUCCAGUGAUAUGACUUUUUGGCAGAAACUUUAUAACGUCUAUGUUACUGGUGUAACAACCUUAACCAGUUAUUUCUACCUACAUUAUGCCUUGCAGCCAGUCAUGGACAAAUACUUUAAUUACACUGGAUGGGAGAGUCGGCCAUCGAUAGACUUACUUGCCAGAAACAGGAGUCUGAUCUUAGUAAAUUUCGAUUACAUGUUUGGAUACCCGUAUCCUGUUGCACCGCACCGUAAAGACAUUGGUGGAAUCAAUAUAAAACCAAACCAGCUUCUGCCAAAGGACUUACAAACUUUCAUGGAUGAGAGUAAGGAUGGAGUUAUUUACAUGUCACUUGGAUCUCAUCUAGACCCAUCUCAAUUCAGAGAUCAAAUGAACGCUUUUCUGGAGGUAUUUAGAGACUUGCCUCAAAAAGUAAUGUUGAAAUACGUACCAGAGAACAGUACUGAUAUACCACCUAACGUAUUAGUAUCCAAUUGGUUUCCUCAACAGGAUAUUUUAGCUCAUAAGAGCUGCGUUCUUUUUGUUACACACGGAGGUCUGUUAAGUCUAUCAGAAGCUAUUUACUAUGGUGUACCGCAAGUCGGGAUUCCAAUUAUGGCAGAUCAAGGAAAGAAUAUGGUAAUCAUGGAGUCACAUGGAUUAGGAAGGAUGCUGAAGUUGGAUAAUAUAACCCGAGAGACUGUCUCUUGGACUAUUCGUGAAGUCCUCUUGAACAGUAGGUAUAGAGAAAAAGCACUUCGAAGAUCGAAGAUUUUCAAAGACAGGAGACAGACUCCUGCAGAAGAAGCGGUUUACUGGGUCGAACACUCGCUCAAGUAUCCAUUCGCACUAACUCCAAUGUCGACAACUCUCACUGCAAUUGAAUUCAAUCUUAUUGAUGUAAAAAUUUUCUUGACAACAGCUAUAUUAUUGACGUCGUGUAGCAUAUACUUAGCUUUAAAAUUUGCAAAAAAAAUUGUCUGUAAUACAAAAAUUAAAAGCAAACAAAAAAUUCAUUGA